AAGAACAAAGCGCAACAGAACGUGGGGGCUGUAUUUACCGUGGUAGAGUUUGAAAGUUGUCAACAGAGAAGAAGAAGGAGACGGGGAAGGAGAAAAGGAGGAGAAAGAGGAGAAAGAGGAGAAGAGUUAUCGGCCUUUAACCCGCCAGCGGAGCUCGGAUGAGGAGGAAUGGGCUGCAGCCAGAGCAAGAAGAAAAACAAAGGCAAGAAAGGAGAGAGGAAUCAGAAAAGCAGCAGCAGCCGAGAUGACAGAGGUAAAGCUACGUCGGGCGACGUCUUUCUGGAGAAGCAGUUGGAGCGUUUUGAGUGGCAGUUCACAAUUUUAAAGGAAGUGCUCUCAGCCAAUGGGAACGCUGAGAGGGCGGAGCUACUGAGAGACCACGCCGAUGAAGAAGUCUGCACCCUGGUCCUGAGCAUCCUAGAUAAGGUGAAAACGGAGACGACGGCCGAUCUGAACAUCCUGCAUGAACAGAAAAGUAAAGCUGCCACAGAGAAACACGACAAACACGUGGAAGAGCUGCAGACGAAGCACGAACAGGAGAAAACUCAGCUGACGGAGACGUUCCAGGAGGCUGAAGACGUCCUGAAGGCUGAGGUGCAGCAGUUGAAGGCUGAGCUGCAGAUUUACAACGAGCUGAAAAGACGAGUGGAAGAAUCCACGUUCAAGAAGGACCUGCAGAGAAACAUCCAGGCCCAUGGCAGCCCAGGUGCAUUCUGGGAGUCUGAGCAGGAGUCUCUGCUGUUCGUCAUCGAGAUGAAGACUGAGCGCGUGCAGGAGCAGAACAGGAAGCUGCAGCAGAUGGACGCUCUGAUGGAGAAGAAUUUGUCUCUGGAGGAUCAGAUCAUCCACAUCCUGCAGCAGAACGAGGACCUGGGCGUCCGGAUAGAGAACUACCAGAGCCUCAUUCAGCAGCUGUCGAAGGAGCAGCAGGACCUGAAGGUGGCGCUGGAGAGGCAGGUCACCGUCAACCAGAAGCUUUCUCAGGAAAAAGAGCAGCUGAUGUUCAAGCUGCGGCACAGGGACUCGUGUCCGACCAUCCAGAUCCAGAUCGCGCCCACAUGACCCGCGCACGUCAUCCCCGGGCCGAGAGCCCACAUCCACCCGGGUCCAGGUUUAACGGCUCUGAGGUCGAGUCCCGGCCGGACCGAAGAGUUUCCUGUGGAAUCGGUUCCUAUCGAUUAGUUUUUAUUCCUUUUGUGAUAAUCUCUGUGAUUAUUGUGAAAGUUCAGAACGACUCAAACUGACAGAAUGAAGAGAACGUUUUAUUAGUUACAAAACAAACAUGGACGCUGUUAGAUAGGUGCUAACACGUUAGCUAGGUGCUAACAUAAACAACAAUAAGACCGCACAUGUUCUGGGUCAUACAACUAGGCCAGCUAAGCUAGCUACAGGCUGUUAGCAUCCAUGCUAGCUAGCUUACAUCCAGCUAACAGGCUAGCUAGAUAGCUAAGCUCUAUGAACAAAAUACAUCCUGUUUGCAACAUGCAGUUAGCAAGUUAGCAAUCUAACCUUAAUGGAGAGUAUAUGUCCUAUUAGGUGCCAUGCUACUUAUCUUAAUUCUAGCUAACAAGCUAGCUAGCUACCUAAGCUCUAUGAACAACAUGCAUUCUGCUAGCAGUCAUGCUAGCAGAAUGCUUUGAAGCAUAUGUUAGUAACAUGCAGUUAUCAAGGGAGCUAGCUAACCUCAGUUAACAGCACACAUUCUGUUAGCAGUCACGCGAGCUAGCUUAAAUCUAUCUAACAUGCUAGCUAGCUGAGCUCAAUGAACAUCAUGCAUCCUGUUAGAGGCUAUGCUAGUUAGCAUGUUAGCUAGCUCACCUCAGUGAAGAACAUAUGUUCUGUUAACAGCUAGCUUAGCAUAAUGUUCUUUCUGUGGUGUGAACGGCCGUUAGGUUUAAAUCUGUCAGAACUCGAUGUAAAUGCUGCGAUUCUUCAUGUUUUCAUCUUCACUGUCGUCGUUUCUUUGGUUUCGUUUUUCUCUUCUCGUCUCUUUGUCACAGUUUGAAACUAGCGCCUCUCUGACCUUUUCAUUUCCACGUCUCUUCAUUCACACGUUUAGCUUUAAUUUACAGUAUAUUUAGAGGCCGAAGCCUCUUUUUUAAGUGAAUAAUGAGCCUCCAAAACAAAAAAAAAAAUGACGUUUUAGCAUCUUUGUUUCUGUUCCUGUUGGUUUUGUCUAAACAAGGUUUGGAUUUCGUUUUCAAAUAAUGUCAGUUUUCUAAACCACUUCUUAUCAUUCAGUAUUUCACUACGCACCUCUAGAAUUAAUGCUAACUGACAAAUGAAUGUUAGCAGGUUAGCGUGUCACUAACGUUAGCGUGGUUAUGCUAGCAUUGGAGUCUGGAAGGUUUUACACACAGAUUAAUAUCAAGUUACUGUUUUAUUCUCCUAAAAAACAUAUUCCAGUGUGUACAGCUGGCUAGCUAGCUGAGCUGAUAACUGCACAUUUUUUUGUUAACAGAACAGGGCUGUGCUAAAUGCUAACAUGCUAGCGUCCUCCAUUUUAGAUCAUGAUCUGAACACAAAUACAAGGUGGCUAGUUUGUUAGCUUAAAUGCUAACUGUACAAUCGUUGUUACCGCUUUAACAGCAUCGAAAACACGGCUGUGUGAGAUGCUAAAGCGUUAGCAUCCUCCAUUUUGACUUGUUUACUGUUGGUUUCAUUUCUACUUGACAACAAUCAGAGCGUUGAUCACUGUCACAGCUGCCUCAGUUCAACAGAUGUGAAUUUAUUUUUCAGUUAAGUGUUUUUUUUGUUCUGUUUUUUUGUGGGAUGUGACGUUUGUGUUGCCAAAUAAAUUGUCAUCCUGUGACAGCUUGUCGUUAUGCACCAGCACUUUGUAUUUUUUGUAUUUUACCAGGAGUUUGUAUCAGAGACAUGUUUGUUUUCAUGUUGUACAGUUUAGAAUUUUCUCCUCUUACUUGUAAAAAAACUUUGUGUUGGUUUUUGUUUUGACUGAUUAAAGAUGUAGAUCAGAUUGUUUUUGACUCCGUUAAAUAAAAAUCUGGAACUAA